CUGGGUCACUACAAAUCUGUAUCUUCCGCUGUUAUAUUACAACAAUACGUAACUAAACAAAUAAUAUUUGUUUUAACUUGUGAAAAAAAUGUUUUGGUUUUACGUUAUUUUCGGUGUUGUGGUUUUUAUUUAUUCGUAUUUUCAUUACAGUUACAUGUAUUGGUUGGAGCUCAGAGUGCCUUCACUGAGCCCUGAAUUUCCUUUUGGAGAUAUGAAAGAUCCCAUUUUAAGGCGGCAAUGCAUGGGCGAGAAAAUCAAAGAAAUCUACGACUUCGGAACCAAACAUUGGUACAAUUAUAUAGGCCUGUACUUUUUCAGCAGGAAAGUCUUUUUACCCAUAGAUCCUGAAUUGAUAAAGAACAUUUUGGUCAAAGAUUUUAAUUAUUUCUCAGAUAGAGGUAUCCAUUACGACGAAAAGUACGACCCUUUGAGUGCCCACUUGUUCUCCAUUGCAGGACCGAAAUGGAAGAAUUUGAGGGCCAAACUCACACCGGCCUAUUCGCCGGUUAAAAUCAAAGGGAUGUUCGACAUUAUGUACAAGUGCGCUCACGAAAUGAUGCUGCUAGUAGGGGAAAUAGCUAUGUCGGGAAGACCAGUCGAUAUAAAGGUUUCUUUUGGAUUUCAACUAAAAUUAAUGAUGAGAGAUCCAGACGCAGAAUUCAGAAAAAUGGGCAAAAGAGCCUUCACGCAAACCGUAGGAGACCUUUUGAAAAUGGUAGUUAUUCGAAGUUUCCCGUUCUUAGCUAGACUGUUUGGAAUUGGAGUUUUUCCCAAAGAUGUUACCGAAUUCUUCAGAAGGGUCGAGACAGAGCCUGGUACAGCCUUAACAAUAGACGAAGCAGCGGCCCAAGCUUUCAUAUUUUUCUUAGCAGGAUUCGAAACAACCUCAACCACUACUAGUUUUGCCUUGUUUGAACUUUCCAUCAACUUUAUGUAUCGUGAAAAAGCCAGGAAAGAAAUUUCAGCAGUCUUAGAGAAAUACAAUGGAACGAUGACCUACGACGCCCUAAUGGAAAUGAAAUAUCGGACUGUGAUCAUGUCCGAAACUUUAAGGAAAUAUCCUCCUGCACCGGUUUUCCUGAGGGUAUGUACAAAGCGGUAUCCCAUUCCUGACACUGACGCCUACAUAGAGAAGGGCCAAUCAGUGCUGAUUCCGUGUUACGGUCUUCACAGGGACGAUCGCUAUUGGCACGAGCCUGACAUCUUCGAUCCGGAAAGAUUCAGCGAGAAGAACAAGGAUAAAAUCGUGGAUGGAACUUAUAUUCCUUUUGGAGCAGGACCACGAAAUUGUAUAGGAAUAAGAUUUGCUCUAGUCCAAGCCAAGAUUGCCCUUGCCCUAUUCCUCAUGAAUUUCGACUUUGACUUGAGCCCUAGAACGAAAUUGCCUCUCAAAAUGGAGACCAAAGGCAUCAUUCUGUCACCAAUAGGAGGGUUGUGGUUGAGAGUCAAUCCCAUAGACUGAUACUAAUAUUAGAUUAGACACAAUAAAUUUACCAGUAGAUUUAUUAGUAGGUUUUGUAGCAUGUUAUGUCACAAUAAUUGUUAUUUAGGUUUAUAAUAUUGUUGGAGAAUAUUUUU